CCACUUCAUAAGCUUUUUCUUCAGGUUGCAUUCGACAUUGCAUUGUUUUCGAACAUCACCAUAAAUUCAAGAAUCUUCAUUUAGUCAGGACUCAUAAAUUAUUCACAACUAUUAGAAUCUGAUUUUGUUACUCGGAGUGACCACUGUUAGCCAGCUCUGCAGAACCACAUCACGAACUUUUAAUUAAAUUUUUUUUAGUUGAAUUCGUGAAUCGAUCUAAGCUAGAUCACCAUUGGAACCCUCAAUCUGACAAUUACUGUUUUGUUUAUAUCUAUUCGUCAGCCAACCAAUCACAUAAUAACACAUAUCUGGCGUCGUAUAAAGCUACACGUUUGAGUGUUAAACCUUAAUGAUGCGUUGGUUGCUGUCGUGUCUUUUCCUCGUCGCAUUUGCGUCGUGCAGCAAGGUCCUUGAGCUCACUAAAGACAAUUUCCAUUCUGAAUUAAAGUCUAUACCAGUUGCUCUGGUGAAGUUUUACGCUCCAUGGUGUGGACACUGUAAAAAACUAGCUCCUGAGUUCACUUCAGCCGCACAAGUUAUAUCCGAAAAAACUAACGAUGUUAAGCUCGUUAAGGUUGAUUGUACUACUCAAGAAAGUAUCUGCUCAGAGUUCGGAAUUAGUGGCUACCCUACAUUGAAAAUCUUCAGGAAUGGAGAUUUAGACGGUGAAUAUAAUGGUCCAAGGAAUGCAAAUGGAAUCGCCAAUUAUAUGAUAUCCCGAGCAGGACCUGUAUCCAAAGAAGUCAGCACUGUUAGUGAUGUAGAGAACGUCUUGUCAGACGACAAACCAACUGUGUUUGCUUUUGUAAAAUCGUCUAGCGACCCGUUAAUAAAAACAUUCAUGGCUCUUGCAAAAUCAAUGGUUGACGAUGCUGUAUUUUGUCAUAGUCAUAAUAAUCUUUUUGUAACUCCUAGUGACAACGAGUUGAGAGUCUACUUGCCUAAACGUCUUCGAACGAAGUUUGAGGAUGACUUCGCUGUUUAUAAAGGAGAACCUGAAUCUAACAAUAUUAAAGACUGGAUUCGCAAACAUGGCCAGGGACUGGUUGGUUAUAGAUCACCGUCAAAUACAUUUUACUUCGAAAAUUCCGAUUUAGUAGUAUUAUACAAUAACCAAUCCAUAGAUACAUAUCCAUCUGGAGUAAAAUACUUAAGAAAUCGUGUUCUCAAAACCCUUAAAGACAACCCCCAAAAAUUCAAGAAUUUGGUUUUCGCUUAUAGCUUUGCGGACGAUUUUUCUUAUGAAAUAUCUGAUUAUGGUAUAGAAGCGGAUAAAUUACCAGCGGUUGUGAUCCAAUCUAAAGAUAAAAAGUACAAGCUUGAGAAAUUUAGUCUUGACGCAUUCUCUGAUUUUUUGAAUAAAUUUGAAGAUGGUCUUUUGACCCCACAUGUAAAGUCAGAACCUCUCCCAACAGACGACUCUAGUGCAGUCAAAAAGUUAGUUGCACUCAACUUUGAUGAGAUAGUAAAUAACGAGGAGAAAGAUGUAAUGGUCGUCUUUCAUGCUCCUUGGUGUGGUCAUUGUAAAAAUCUAAUGCCAAAGUACGAGGAAGCAGCCAGUAAACUAAAAAAUGAACCAAAUUUGAUUUUGGCUGCUAUGGAUGCAACCGCCAAUGAUGUCCCUUCGCCUUAUCAAGUCAGGGGAUUCCCAACUAUCUAUUUCGUCCCUAAAGGAAAGAAAUCUUCACCUGUAUCUUACGAGGGUGGUCGAGACACUAGUGACAUCAUCAAGUACCUUGCACGCGAAGCUACUGAAGAACUUAUUGGGUAAAGAACCGAUAUGAUGGAUGAUUUAAAAUAUCUUUUCCUCUCUCUGCGGCAUACUAUAUUAACACAAUAAUAUUAUAAUAAGACUGGUCUGUGUAACCGAGUUCAUAGAACAGCAAGAUUGGAUACUCAAACGGCAUACAAUAUAGAGACUAAAUCACGUUAUAUCAUAUACACAAUUUACGACCACGUAUAGAGAACCAAACUGAAUUCUAGACAAUACUUUACUCCACAAAAUUACAAGCAGUCAGUCACAAUGAGUUCAGAGUAGCAAACAGUAAGUUAAAAAGAAA